UCUUUCUAAUUUUCUAUACAAGAGGUUCGACACAGCUAGAGUGAUUGAGUGAGUGAGAUAGAAGAAGGAAAAAAAAAAUUGGCCACAAAAAUUGUAACUACACAAUUAUCGGACCACUUGUCGAACCUAUACCUAACCAUUUCGAUCGGCCACCAUGCCCGCCGUGGCAAAUCUCCAUAUAUCACCGCUCGACUACCGCCGAACCGGCCAAAUACCGCCGGUCCGACGGGGUUUUCGCCGUAAUUUAGUGUUUUUAGACUCAAUUUCUCUUAUAGGGCAAUGUAAAGGUCGCCAAGGAGUGUGUGUGCGACCGUGCAGGUCCUUUAGAUCCGAGGAGGGAGGGGAAGAGUUGGCCGAGAAACAAACGGAAGUUGCGAGAAAGUGUGAGAAUUUGAAGGAAAAUGAUCAGUUGGACUCUAAAAGGAGGUUCAAAGUUCUGGAUUUUCUGAAAUCUGCGGUAUUUGUGGAUCCUCGUUCACGUUCGCGGUCUGAUGCAGAGUUUCGGAACGCAGUAGCGAAACUGGAGGAGAAAUUGUUCGCGGCUGCUAUGCAAAUUGGAAGAUACAUUGUGACAAUGAUGAGCACUGGAGUAAUACUCUUGAUUGGAUUUCAGCUGUCAGGUGGAGACAGCCAGAUGAAUGCUUUGAUAUGGUAUAGCUGGCUUGGAGGUAUCAUUAUUGGGACUAUGAUAGGUGCCAACAUGGUUCUAGAGGAAGUCAGUAAAGCUGGUCCACGAAAUGUUGUCAUAACUGGAAGUACAAGGGGAUUGGGGAAAGCUCUUGCUCGGGAAUUUCUUCUUUCAGGAGAUCGUGUAGUUGUUACUUCACGCAGUUCCGAGUCUGUGGACAUGACUAUCAAAGAGCUCGAGGAGAAUCUGAAGGAAGGUAUGAUACCUGCAGGUGACUCAGCUAGAAAAAAUCUGAAACAUGCAAAAGUGGUAGGCAUUGCGUGUGAUGUUUGUGAACCAGAUGAUGUGCAAAAAUUGUCGAACUUUGCCAUCAACGAACUUGGUUCAAUUGACAUUUGGAUAAACAAUGCUGGGACAAACAAAGGUUUCAGGCCCUUACUACAGUUCAGUGACGAAGAUAUUCAACAGAUUGUCUCUACGAAUCUGGUUGGAUCAAUACUUUGCACUCGUGAAGCCAUGCGUGUAAUGGGAAGCCAGUACAAGGCGGGCCACAUAUUUAACAUGGAUGGUGCAGGCUCUGGAGGAUCUAGCACCCCUUUGACAGCUGUCUACGGUUCAACAAAAUGUGGUCUUAGGCAGUUACAGUCAUCACUCUUGAAGGAGUGUAAACGGUCGAAGGUGGGAGUGCAUACAGCCUCUCCAGGCAUGGUUCUGACAGACUUGCUCUUGAGUGGAUCAACUAUUCAAAAUAAACAGAUGUUUAACAUCAUCUGUGAGCUCCCAGAAACAGUUGCUAGAACUUUAGUUCCACGCAUGCGUGUUGUAAAGGGAAAUGGGAAGGCCAUCAAUUACUUGACUCCACCUAGGAUCUUACUUGCUUUGGUCACUGCGUGGCUUCGAAGAGGUCGUUGGUUUGAUGACAAGGGAAGAGCAUUAUAUGCAGCAGAAGCGGAUAGACUUCGUAACUGGGCUGAAAGCCGCACGCGUUUUUCUUUCACGGAUGCCAUGGAAAUGUACACAGAAAAUACUUGGGUCUCUGUCUUCUCACUUUCUGUUGUAUGUGCAUUCAUAAUCCUUUCUAGUACAGCCAGCACAUUUCCUGGAACCUGAGAACUUUUACACUCAGCCGUAACUAGAAAAAGCUAUAGCUACAAGACUGCUUCGUCUAUUGACUGAUACUAGCUAGCAGCGUUGCUGAAGUUACCGAGGUAGUAGAAAGCUAGGGCACACGUACAAAUAGACGCACUCUUGCAUGCUUAAAAUUUGCUCUCAACAGCAUUAUGGGUGUUUGUAUUAGAUCACAAGUCCAAGUAUUUCACCCAUCAUUUAGUAGGGUUUUGGACAGGUUCUUUGGGUUCUGUAAACAACAUAAAGGCCCAGCAAUCGCUUCAUCAAUGAACGAAGCAUUCUCCAUUGGGAUGCUUAUAAUUUGUAACAUGUAGAGCUGUUGUAGUUGAUUGAAUAUUAUUUCUUCUUUAGUGUGUGCA